CAUAAAGGAAAACUGGAGUGGGAAAGAGUUUAACAGUUUAACAUUUCAUUGUUUUUGUCAAUUUCAUCUCAUUAACUGUUGUUUACUGAUUUGAUCCUGUUUAUAAAGUGUAAGGAAUCAAUAUUAAUUAAUAAAUAGUGCUCGAAAAGAAUCUUGGUAUGAAAUAAAAAAGAAAAGUCAAUGCAUAUUAAUUUUAGGUCUAAUUAACUUUGUUCGUGGCGUUCUGUGAUGAUUUCGUAGACGGAAGAAAAUUCUUCACAGAAAUAAGUUCACAUCUGAUUCAAUAAUGUCGAAAUCUCAUUCUUUUGAAAUGAUGAGAGGUGAAUUCACGAUGGCAGUUAGAUCGAGCAUGUUUCGCAAUGACUUGGAUCCUGUAGUGGGAUUAUUCAACCAAUUCGAGGAUCCUGUAAUAGAGAAGAAGGCAGCAGUAGAUCAAGGUUUUCGAGAUUACCUGAUUGUGCUGCUUGGUAAACCACAGCCGAUAUCUCUAUGGGAGAGGUUCGUCAAGCGCUGCGUGGAGGCUAGUCAGGCUGACAUGGCGUCGGGAGGCAUGCCUGUCAUUCUACUCGGAGACCUGUUCGACUGUCUCACGCUGGACCAGUGUGAACAGCUGUUUACCUUCGUAGAAGACAACGUCGCUAUUUGGAAAGAGGACGUGUUUUUUGCCGCUUGCAAGAAUAACUUGCUGAGGAUGUGCAACGAUCUUCUUCGUCGACUCUCUCGAUCACAAAACACAGUCUUCUGCGGACGAAUUCUCCUUUUCCUGGCCAAGUUUUUCCCUUUUUCGGAACGUUCUGGCCUUAACAUCGUAAGUGAAUUCAACAUUGACAAUAUCACAGAAUUUGAAGGUGAAGAAAAUGCUGAUUUUAGAGAGGACGAGGGAUUGGAUGAUUCAAUUAGGGAAGUUGAAGAUCAAAAGAUGAAAAUUGACUUCAACCUCUACACUAAGUUCUGGUCCCUCCAAAACUUUUUCCGAAAUCCAAUUUUGAUCUACAGUAAACUUCACUGGAAGACCUUUACAAGUCAUACAGAGAACGUUCUACAAGCGUUCAAGAGUUUCAAGCUGGAAGGCGUUCAGCAAAAGUUGGUUUCUGCAGAUAGUAUGGUUUCCGAGACUAUCAACAGGGAACACUACUUCGCUAAGUUCCUCACUAACAUCAAGCUGCUGGAGUUGCAACUGAGUGAUGUGAACUUCCGCAGAUAUGUGCUCGUCCAGUUCCUAAUACUGUUUCAAUACCUGAACGCCACUGUUAAAUUUAAAAGUGAUAACCAAGAGUUGAAGGUCAAUGAAGGUGAAUGGGUGAAGGAGACGUCUGAGAAGGUGUACAGCCUACUGAAGGACACGCCUCCUGAUGGCGAAGAGUUUGCUAGGACAAUUCAGCACAUUCUAGCGCGAGAAGAGUUCUGGAACAACUGGAAGAACGACGGGUGUCCAGAACUUCAGAAGCCUGUCGCUCCUGUCGACGAAUUUGAAGAAGAACGGAAACCAAUUAGAAGACGAAGGAAACGUCUGGGAGAUAUCAUCAGGGAUGCAACUGCACAGAAAAGAUUCUACAUGGGACAUCCGGAACUCACUAAGCUGUGGAACUACAAUACAGACAACCUUGAGGCUUGUAGAGCUCCUGAAAGGAACUUCCUCAUGUCCUUGGAGGAGUAUUUCAAGGAGGCCAUCGAACAGUUUGAUCCUUCAGCCAUGGUGGAAGAACAGUACAAAGUGGUAAAUGAUGGGAACUUUGGUUGGCGAGCGUUGAGGCUGCUUGCUCUUCAGUCCACACACUUUUUCACUCACAGCAACAACCCUAUCAACAAGCUACCUGAGUACCUGGAGGCUAUGAUCAAGAAGAUUGCCAAGGAAAGGCCAAUUAUUCUUCCCGGUGGAGAGAUGAAGACUCAGGAAGGCCUUGAGGGUGCGGAUGCAACCGCAAUGGACGUCAACGAAACCGAGGUAGAACCUGAAGCUGAGGCUGAUGCCGAGGCUGACGGAGAUGCUGAAGGGGAAGCUGAAGGGGAGGGGGACGCUGAAGAAGAAGAUGAACUGCUCAAGAGAGAUGAAAUGAACAAUGAAGAACAAGAAGCUACAGAUAUACAAGGAAGUGCUUCGAAGUGUAAAGUGAAGCCUGAAGUGUUUGACCUCGUUGCCCAAACUAUCAACACCCAGUGGGCCGAGAUGGCUGAGAAAUUGGGAUUCAAAGACUCGAUCCAGUACAUUGAAGAGUCCGCCAAGACAGAUGUAGCUAGAGCCAAGUACGUGCUUCAGCUGAGAUCAGAGGAAGAUGUGGACAUGACGCAUCAGAGUUUGGCUCAACUACUCGAGAAGAACGGGUUCUCUAAAGCCGCCACUGCCGUGAAACAACUCAUGUGAUCGUGAGCGUAAUGUGACAUUUUGUGACUUUUGAUUUGACAAAGUUUUUCUAGUAAUACAGUAUUGUUCUAAGUUAGUACCUUUUAAGUUCACUUUACAGUUUUGGUAUAUGUAAUUAAAGUUCAUCAAUCAUAUAAUAUAACGGAUUAAUGUGAGAAAAGUUUUUUUUCAGUACUUUUUUUCUGAAGAUCACAGAUAGAUUAUUAUGUUGUUGGUUAACUGGAAUCAGUAUUUUGUACCGUACUGUCUCAGUAAUUUCAUAUCAUUAUACAGGUUGAUAUUUGUGUCACUUUUAUUGAAAAUUAAUGGUUUUGAAACAUUUUUACAUUGAAAUAUAUUUGAUUUCACUGGAUAGACUUGUGAAAA